AUGGAGCAGACGCUAAACCAACUGCUGGUCGAGAUGGACGGUAUGGACACCACCGAGGGCACCAUCGUGUUUGCGGCCACCAAUCGCGCUGACCUACUGGACAAGGCCCUCCUGCGCGCUGGCCGUUUUGACAGACACAUCUACGUGGAUCUGCCCAAUCUGGCGGAGAGGAAGGAGCUACUGGACAUGUAUCUCGGUCAGUGCGAAUACAAAUUGGUUUGUAGCGUCUAA